AUGCAAAAAAAUCAGAUUCCUUAUUUUAGGUGCAUGUCUUACUACUAUCAAUUAUCUGUUCAGAAAUAUGGAUUUUAUCAGCGAGGCCUUAAAACAAAAAUGAGGAUUGUGGCCUUAAUUGUGUAUAUUUUUCAUUUUCCAAAGACUAAGAAAAGUACACCUGUAAGUCAGUUGAGGAGCUGCACAAAGAGCAAGGGUGGAUCCACGAACCACAUUCCCAUAAUCUUGGGGGGCCGUGUAUCGUUGCCAUGGUAA